UAAGAGAGAGAUGGCAGUUUUUGGAACUCCAGAGUCCCAGACUCUCAUUCUCUCUCUACAUUCUCUGCUAAUUCUGAAUCUCUCCAAAAAAAACAUAGUUCCUGCAUUUCCAAUUGAGCAAGCAACAGGAAAUUCGUCAUCUUUAUGGUUGGCCGAUGUUCGUUACUAUAAAGAAAAUUAGCAGAUUCCUUGAGAACCCACGUUCAAGGUUUCUUAAGCUCCCCAUUUCCUCUGAAUCCCGUUUUUGGGAUCACAGUCAAGUUUGCCACCCGCCCCAGCUUGUCAAAGUCGGAGUUUUUGAUUUUUUUGUAUGUGGGUAGUAUUGUUUUUCACUCCCUGGCGUCCACAACCCAGCAGCCAUUGGCGAUGUUGAAGAUUCUAGCUGCCCCUUCUUUGCGGGGACGUCUGCAGAGGCUCCCUUCCGGCCUUUCCCUUCAUACGAGCAAUGUUGGACAGGGCCAACGUUCUUUAUUUAGGGUUUUGGGAGCUCUGAGAGGCAACAAUGGCGUAACUCCUGCUUCUAGAGUGAGGGCAUUCUGUUCUGAUGCUAACGAGGGGUCGGAGACGGCCGAGGCGAAGGCGGAACCGGUGGCCGAGGGCGCCGAGGAAGCGGCCUCGAAGUCGUCGACUGCAAUGGUGCCCACUAAUCCAAAGCCAGAGGACUACUUGACGGUUUUGGCGUUGCCCUUAGCACAUAGGCCGUUGUUUCCUGGAUUUUACAUGCCAAUAUAUGUGAAGGAUCCAAAACUAUUAGCAGCUUUGGUGGAAAACUACAAGAGAUCAGUACGAUAUGCUGGUGCUUUUCUUGUAAAAGAUGAGCCUGGAACUGAUCCAAGCCUUGUGACGAGUUCUGAGACUGAAAAAAGUAUAUAUGACUUGAAGGGAAAAGAGUUGUUUAAACGUCUCCAUGAAGUUGGUACUCUAGCACAGAUUACCAACAUACAAGGAGAGCAAGUGGUGCUUUUGGGUCAUCGACGGCUGAAGAUAACUGAAAUGGUUGAUGAGGAUCCACUUACUGUCAAAGUAGACCAUAUAAAGGAAAAACCAUACAAUAAGGAUGAUGAUGUCAUAAAAGCAACUUCAUUCGAAGUCAUUGCAACAUUGCGUGAUAUUCUCAAGACAGGUUCUCUCUGGAAAGACCAUGUUCAACCUUACACUCAGCAUAUUGGCGAAUUUAAUUAUCCAAGGUUGGCUGAUUUUGGUGCUGCUCUUUCUGGUGCAAACAAGUUGCAGUGCCAGCAAGUGCUUGAAGAAUUAGAUGUAUAUAAACGGCUGAGUCUUACAUUAGAACUUGUAAAGAAGGAGAUGGAGAUAAGCAAAAUACAGGAAUCAAUAGCCAAGGCAAUCGAGGAAAAAAUAAGCGGUGAACAGCGACGUUAUCUUCUUAAUGAGCAACUGAAGGCAAUAAAGAAGGAGCUUGGUUUGGAGACAGAUGACAAGACUGCACUUUCUGCAAAGUUUAGGGAAAGAAUUGAACAAAAGAAGGACAAGUGUCCUCCUCAUGUUUUUCAAGCUAUUGAAGAGGAACUCACAAAGUUGCAACUUUUAGAAGCUAGCUCAAGCGAGUUUAAUGUAACCCGUAAUUAUCUAGAUUGGCUUACUGUAUUGCCAUGGGGAGACUAUAGUGACGAAAAUUUUGAUGUUCAUCACGCCCAGAAGAUAUUAGAUGAGGAUCAUUAUGGAUUGUCUGAUGUUAAGGAGAGAAUACUGGAGUUUAUUGCUGUGGGAAAACUCAGAGGGACCUCACAAGGUAAAAUCAUAUGUCUUUCUGGACCUCCUGGGGUUGGUAAGACUAGCAUAGGCCAUUCAAUUGCACGUGCACUAAAUCGGAAGUUCUACCGAUUUUCUGUGGGAGGCUUAGCUGAUGUUGCUGAAAUUAAGGGACAUCGUCGUACAUAUGUUGGGGCUAUGCCAGGAAAAAUGGUGCAGUGCUUGAAAAGUGUUGGAACAGCUAAUCCGCUUGUUCUAAUUGAUGAAAUUGACAAGCUAGGGAGGGGUCAUGCUGGGGAUCCAGCAAGCGCAUUGCUUGAGCUUCUUGAUCCGGAGCAAAAUGCAAAUUUUCUUGAUCACUAUCUUGAUGUUCCUAUUGACUUAUCCAAGGUUCUCUUUGUUUGCACGGCCAAUGUUAUUGAGAUGAUCCCAAGUCCUCUUCUAGAUAGGAUGGAAGUUAUUGCUCUUGCUGGUUAUAUAACUGAUGAAAAGAUGCAUAUAGCUCGAGAUUAUUUAGAGAAGGCAACAAGGGAAGCAUGUGGCAUGAAACCUGAGCAGGUUGAAGUAACGGAUGCUGCCCUUCUUGCACUUAUAGAAAAUUACUGCCGUGAAGCAGGUGUGCGCAAUCUACAGAAGCACAUAGAAAAGAUUUACCGUAAGAUAGCUUUGCAACUGGUACGUCAAGGUGUGUCAAAUGAGCCAUCACCAGUUGCCACAAUUCAGGAAGUUCAGGCUGAUGUGUCCAAAAAUUCCCCUUCUGAAGAAAGUAGUGAAGUUUCCACAGAUGAAGCUACCAAUAUCCAAUCUGAAGAACCUGCAACCCAAGAGCAGACCUGUGAAACCUCCACAGAAAUUAACUCCACAGUGGUGGAGCCAUCUUCAGAUAAGUGCCAAUCUGUUUCUGAGCAGCCUCUUGAUUCGGAGGGAAAGGAAGCUGCUGAUGUUAUUCAGGAAAUAGAUGUCGGUAAGACAGUAGACAAGGUAGUUGUUGACGCAACUAAUCUGUCUGAUUUUGUUGGUAAGCCAGUUUUCCAUGCUGAGCGAAUAUAUGAUCAAACGCCCGAGGGAGUCGUGAUGGGCCUUGCUUGGACUGCCAUGGGUGGUUCUACAUUAUAUAUUGAGACCACCGUCGUGGAACAGGGAGAAGGAAAAGGUGCAUUGCAUCUGACAGGUCAGCUUGGCGAUGUAAUGAAAGAAAGUGCCCAAAUAGCACAUACUGUUGCCAGAUCAAUACUUCUUCAGAAAGAUCCGGAGAACCCCUUCUUCUCUACCUCCAAACUCCAUCUUCAUGUUCCAGCUGGUGCGACGCCAAAGGAUGGGCCAAGUGCUGGCUGUACCAUGAUUACUUCGAUGUUGUCGUUGGCUUUGAGGAAGCCCGUAAAGAAGGAUCUUGCCAUGACUGGAGAAGUAACUUUGACUGGAAGAAUUCUACCAAUUGGUGGAGUUAAGGAGAAGACAAUCGCUGCAAGGAGGAGCGAUGUUAAGGUUAUUAUUUUCCCAUCUGCCAACAGAAGGGAUUUUGAUGAGCUUGCACCCAAUGUAAAGGAAGGUCUUGAAGUCCAUUUCGUAGAUAAUUACGAUCAGAUAUUUGAUUUAUCAUUCGAUAAAGAGCCACCUACAGAGGGACAGGAAAAAUGAAGAAGAUAUUUGUUCCAUGACUGUUUGUUUUCUCCGCAGUUUUGAGAAAAGCCAGCUUACCAGAUCGAAAAUAAUUAUUGAGCCUUAAUUCUUUGAGGUGCUCCAUUUUUGUAGGUGCAUGACGUUGAGCAUAUUGGAAAUCUCCAGUAUACCACUAGAUAAAUAUACUUCACAAGCAUGUCCUGUCAUUCAUGUUUUAUGAAGUACUAAUGUAAAAAGUAAGAGGAUGAUUGAGGCAUUCAUAUCCUCUUCCGUUGUUUAUCAUUGAUUAUAUGAAGUGUUAAAAUUCAUUUUCUAA